AAAAACCAUCGGAAUGGUAGAAGUGAGUUAGGGUUUUAUCUGCCUUCUUGCCAAGUCUUCGUUAAACUCGAUUGUCUAAAAACAAGAACGAAAAUAAAAGAAUGGAAAACAAAAUGGAGUCAAAGGGAGGUGAAGCUGCUAGAAUCCUCAGCGAAAUUGAAACAUUAAAGGCUACGAGGAGCGACUUAGACAAUCGAAUUUCUGCUCUCGAAGCUCAGCUCCGUCACUUGAAUUUUGAGAAAAACAACGUUUCCUGUCCUUCAAUAUCCACCGGCUUCGUUCACGGAUUAUCACCUGAUAUGAUAUACCGUUACAGUCGCCAGCUGCUGCUCCCCUCUUUCGGAGUUCAAGGUCAGUCAAAUCUGUUGAAGUCUUCGAUUUUAGUAGUUGGAGCCGGAGGGUUGGGUUCGCCUGCGCUGUUAUAUCUUGCAGCUUGUGGUGUUGGUCAAUUAGGUGUUGUUGACCAUGAUGUUGUUGAGCUGAAUAAUAUGCACAGGCAGGUUAUACACACAGAAGCGUAUAUUGGUCAGCCAAAAGUGAAAUCUGCUGCUGCUGCCUGUCGCUCGAUCAAUUCUACAAUUCAAAUUGUGGAACACCAAGAAGCUUUACGCACAUCCAAUGCUUUGGAAAUUCUGAGCCAAUAUGACAUAAUAGUAGAUGCAACAGACAAUGCUCCAAGUCGAUACAUGAUCAGUGAUUGUUGUGUGGUUUUGGGGAAGCCACUUGUUUCAGGCGCUGCAUUGGGAUUGGAAGGGCAGCUCACAGUCUAUAAUCACAACAGAGGUCCAUGCUAUAGAUGCCUUUUUCCUACUCCUCCACCUACAACUGCAUGUCAAAGAUGUGCUGAUAGUGGAGUUCUUGGAGUGGUGCCUGGCAUCAUAGGCUGUCUCCAAGCAUUAGAGGCCAUUAAAAUUGCAAGUGCUGUUGGUGAACCACUAUCAGAACGGAUGCUUCUUUUUGAUGCAUUGUCAGCUCGAAUUCGUAUUGUCAAGAUCAGAGGUAGAUCAUUACAAUGUGAAGUAUGUGGAGAAAAUUCAGCUUUCACCCAGCAACAAUUUAAAGAUUUUGAUUAUGAGAAGUUCACUCAGUCUCCAUUGUCGGUGGCUCCCUUGAUGCUGAACCUGCUUCCAGAAGAUCACAGGAUACACAGCAGAGAGUUGAAAGAGAGAAUUGUUAAAGGGGAGGCUCAUGUGCUGGUAGACGUACGGCCUGCACACCAAUUCAAGAUUGUUUCUCUUCCCAAUGCCAUGAAUAUCCCACUAUCAAGUCUAGAGUCUAGGUUAGCUGAGAUCUCAUCAGCUUUAAAGGAAGAAGAAAAGCGGAAGCAUAGUGGCUUUGAAUCUAGUGCAAGUCUGUAUGUGAUAUGCAGACGAGGUAAUGAUUCACAGAUGGCUGUUCAAUUGUUGCACAAAGUGGGCUUCACUUCAGCCAGAGAUAUAAUUGGAGGGUUGGAGGCCUGGGCACGUGAUGUCGAUCCGAAUAUCCCUACCUAUUAGAAAACAUUUUAUUUUUUUGCCAUUAUUUUUGUAUGAUGAUCAUAUUUUUACAUAAAUGGUUUGCCAAGAGAAGUUCUAUCUAGCUAUCAACUUCUCCCCUGCUGUUCGAAUUAAAAUAAGCAGGGAACUGUCAUUACAAGCAGUGAACUUUAGUGAAAGAUAACUUCUUGGCAAAUUCCACAAAAUGUAUUUGCACUCGAGUUUCUUAUAAUCUUUAAGUUUGAACUUUGUUCCAGCACCUUCA